AUGAUGAGUCUCGAUCUUCGAUCGUCGUGUGCAAACCCCACCAGUUAUCCCUACGCCUCCUCACUAGCUUCCUCAGCUUCUUCCUCCUCUUCCUCAGUCUUCUCCGACGACGCGCGGUCUCAGGAUUCAUCUGCCAGCUCUACACAGUCCAGCCAGACUUACACAGACUCCUGGGCUAAAAACGCGUGGAACCAGCCGCUUGCUCGUGUUAGCACGUUUCCACAAUCGCAGACGUCCUCUGUCCGGCGCAGCAAUACCUCGACCAAUCUACCUUCGUUAAUCACAUCUGGACUCCCCCUCUCAGUCGAGCAACGCCAGCACCCACGUAGAUCAUCUAUCAGUUCUCGUCCGCCGCCUACACUCGUACGACAAAGCGAGCGUAAGGUCAGCUUUGUAGAUAGCCUAGUCGUCUCUGCAACACAAAUUGUGGAAGUAAUAUGGCCCCUCUCUGUGCCAGCUUGUCCAUUGGAUGAGCGCACUGGUAAGGGCGUUCUUCCGCUACGUACCUUUAUACAAGAGACCCUACGUAGGUCGCGUACCAGCUACUCCACCCUCCAGGUGGCUCUGUACUACUUGAUUUUGAUCAAGCCUCACGUCCCUGCUACCGAUUUUACAAUGGAGCAACGUACGGACGACCACGCUUGGCGUUCCUUGCAAUGUGGUAGGCGCAUGUUUCUCGCUGCUUUGAUACUCGCCUCAAAGUACUUGCAAGAUCGCAAUUUCUCGUCUCGUGCUUGGAGUAAAAUAUCUGGCCUCAAAGUCUGUGAAAUCAACACGAACGAAAUGGCUUUCUUAGAAGCUGUCAAGUGGAAGCUCCACAUCACCGAUGCUGUUUUCGAACGAUGGCAACGAGUUGUCUUCGAUCAUACUCCGGGACACCCCCCUUCCCCUGGAGGAUGUGCCCUCUUCAACUCUUGGAGAGCUGUCAUGCCUCAACUGACCCCCGACCUGGACAAAGUAUGCUUUGCGCCUCGGACAUCCGAGCGCAUAACUACGUCGGAGAAGUUACCCCUGCCUCGAUCACCUCUCGGGUUUAGCCCACAGGAAGCAAUGUCAACGCCUAUCGAGACCAAGCUUCCGCGCUUCCUGGAACCCAAACCUGAGAUGCUGCCACCGACUCCAACGCUACUUCGCACCGGCCUACUACCGACACCGUUGAUGACCCCGCAAUCUAUAGCGUCGUCCGCUCCUGCAGCGAGUGGGAUGACGUUUGGAUCAAGACGUCCAUCAAUGUGCUCGGCAAUGGCUCAAGCUCAGAGUGUGUCAAAUGCACGCUCCAUCACGGAGUGGCCGUUUCCUACUUUCCGAAGGCCUUCUAUCACAUGUUCAGGCUCACUGUCUUCCUCUCCAGAGUCUAUGGUAUCCGACAAUUCCAGUCGAUCGUCUCGAGCCUCAUCAAUUUCGUCUGUCUCAUCCGCUGGCUGGGCGCCGAAUCAGGCCAACUUGGCCCGUAUGGCGACUUGCCGCAACGUCAGACUGCCCUAUCAAGUUCCCGUUCUUAGGCGAAGUGUGAGUCCUCAGGAUGCUAUCAGCGAGAUGCCGUCACCUUGCCCGGAUACUCGAUAUGUGGAUGAUGACUGGGUACUGAAGACCCCUACAAGGUCUGUGUCAGCCUAUGAUCUUGGUUCUAGCAGCCGGAAGCGUGCUAGGGAAUCUCUUGAUUUGCACCAGAAUGUACGAGAGCAGCUCGCAACUCCGACUCCCGUCACCACCGUGCUUCCCGACCGCACUGUCGCGAAGAGCUUUGCCCUCCAACGCAAUUCCACCCCUGCAAUUGACUUUGAGAGCAAGCAAACGCAAUCACCUUCAUCAUUGUCUAUGCAUGAACGUCGUGUUCCAAUACAGAAGGACCUAGGUCGCAAGCGGACUUGUGCCAGCGAAGCAACGCUCUUCAUGAGCCGCCAGCCCGGUCCAGGCAUGUGGGAAGACAUCCUAUAG